AGCAAAAGAGUGAGAAUAUUGGUUUGGAUGCUUCAUUUGGUCUGCAAUUGUCACCUAGGAAUGAUAAGAGAAUUCGCCAUGGGUCGUGUCUUCCAUUCCACGUUUGUUGCGACUUUGUUCAUCCACAGUAUAUGGCUCUUUGGGUCAACAGUUGGAGAAAGCCACUGGCAGGCUUGGGGAUCGUGUCACAUUGGACACCAAGACUGCGGUUACGGUAAACAAUGGAGGGCCCUAUCCGACUGUUCUCAACAACAUGGUUGUUAUCAGUCGCGGACAUGCCAUGUGGAUUGCAAAGAAAAUGGAAGUUGGAGCACCUGGUCUGCAUUUUCUCGUUGUUCGGUGACCUGUGGGCACGGGGUCAUGAGUAGAACACGCACGUGCACCACCAGCACACACCUUGCUGCAUCUGCACAGGGCGAUUGCCAGGGCCAAUCGACAGAGACACACUAUUGCCGCGUUCAUCAUUAUUGUCCAAUCAAUGGUGGUUGGAGCCCGUGGGGUGAGUUCUCUGAGUGCUCCACGUCGUGUGGGGGAGGGAUCAAGACCCGGAUCAGGACUUGCACCCAUCCUGCACCCCGAUAUGGCGGACUGGCCUGUCCAGGGAAAUCUCACGACACCUUACAUUGCAAUGAUCAUCAUUGUCCAAUCAAUGGUGAUUGGAGCCGUUGGAGUAGGUAUUCUCAUUGUUCCGUAUCGUGUGGAGGAGGGACCAAGACCCGAUUUAGGUCAUGUUCCCACCCAAGACCUGCGUACGGUGGCCAAACAUGUCACGGGAGCCCACGGGAAACACUACAAUGCAAUGACAAGGACUGCCCAAUUGAUGGACAGUGGGGCCAUUGGAGUAGGUUAACUAACUGCCAUGUGACUUGCGGCGGAGGAAUCAGGUACCGCUAUCGGUAUUGCAACAACCCAGAGCCUGCCCACGGCGGGAUCGGCUGUCCUGGCAACUCGCGCGAAACUUACCUUUGCCAUACCAAACACUGCCCAGUGGACGGUGCUUGGAGUGAAUGGUCAGCAUUCUCGCACUGUUCUGUCACGUGUGGAGGUGGAAAUUCGACGCGAUCAAGGUCGUGUUCAAACCCGACGCCAUCUGAUGAAAAACACAUGUGCCAAGGGGAGGCCACCCAAACAACAGAUUGUAACUCCUACGGCUGUCCAGUAAAUGGUGGAUGGAGUAACUGGUCCAGUUAUUUCCACUGCUCCGUGUCGUGUGGGGGCGGAAACCAGACCAGGACAAGGUCGUGUACCAACCCAGCGCCCUCUCAUGGCGGACAUAAUUGUGUUGGAAAAUCGGUGGAAACCGCAACAUGCAAUGACCAUGGCUGUCCAAUAAAUGGUGGUUGGGGUCAAUGGACCAGUUUUACUCAAUGCUCCAAAUCUUGUGGGAGAGGAGGUAUGUCUAGGUCACGAUUGUGCAACCAACCAGAACCAGCCAAUGGAGGACAUCAUUGCCAUGGCGCCCGUGUGCAGCUCGUAGUUUGUAACCAUCAUGCGUGUCCGAUUGAUGGUGGAUGGAGCGAUUGGCUACACUGGGGGAAAUGUUCUGUGACGUGUGGUCAUGGCAUCACAACAAGAGUCAGACAAUGCUCGCACCCCGCACCGGCACACGGAGGAACAACCUGUGUAGGUGUUGCGACCGAAAGUCAGACGUGUGUACAACCUCACUGUCCAGUGGACGGACAGUGGAGUGCGUGGAGUCACUACAGUACUUGUUCAAAGACGUGUGGAGGCGGCACAAGAACUCACCAGAGGACAUGUUCAAAUCCGGCGCCAUUACACGGGGGAAUAACGUGUCACGGAAAUGACACCGAAACCGAAAUCUGCAAUCAAGAUCCAUGCCCAGUUGAUGGCCACUGGAACGUAUGGAGUCACUUCAGCGCAUGCUCAGUGACAUGCGGAAAUGGCACAACGACUCGCCAUAGAACUUGUUCAAACCCGGCGCCAUUACAUGGAGGAAAAAGUUGUACCGGAAAUGAAACGGAAACUGUAGUUUGCAAAAAGACACAUUGUCCAGUUGAUGGAGAAUGGAGCCAUUGGACGCACUGGAGGCAUUGUUCUGUGACGUGUGGCCAGGGAAUCCAAAAAAGAGUCAGACAUUGUUCGCACCCCGCACCGGCACACGGGGGAGCAACCUGUGUUGGUCCUUCCGACGAAAGUCAGACGUGUGUACAACCUCACUGUCCAGUGGACGGACAGUGGAGUGCGUGGAGUCACUACAGCACUUGUUCAAAGACGUGUGGAGGCGGCACAAGAACUCACCAGAGGACAUGUUCAAAUCCGGCGCCAUUACACGGGGGAAUGACGUGUCACGGAAAUGACGUCGAAACCGAAAGCUGCAAUCAAGAUCCAUGCCAAGUGGAUGGCAAUUGGAGCACAUGGACUCCUUUUAGCACCUGUUCAAAGACAUGUGGAGAUGGCAUAAAAUCUCGCAAUAGAACCUGUUCAAACCCGGCGCCAUUACAUGGAGGAAAAUUAUGUUCAGGAACUACAACGGAAACUGUGACUUGUAGCGAUGGACCAUGCCCAGUGGACGGAGGAUGGAGUUUAUGGGGAAGUUACAGCAGCUGUUCGGUGACAUGUGGUGUAGGGAUUCAAAAAAGGGAGAGAACUUGUACUGAGCCUGUGUCACAAUACGGUGGUACCGAUUGUGUCGGCUUGUCCAGUGAAACACAAAACUGUACCGAAAGUGAAUGUCCUGUUGAUGGACAUUGGAGUCAGUGGAGUGAAUUUAGUGUCUGCAGCACUUCCUGCGGACCGGGCUCACAAUCCCGUGAAAGGACAUGCACGAACCCAGCGCCGUCUAACGGCGGUUUACCCUGUGCCGGAAAUGAUAACGAAGUGAAAGUGUGCGAAACAGCACCAUGUAAAGUUACAACACCUAGUUGGAUAACUUUGCCAACUGCAGAACAUGCAACACAAUGGGUUACUGUUGGUAAAAAGAAGAAAAGAUGGAAUCGCGAGGAUCUGCAUGUAAAUAAAUCUGGUUUAUUAAAAAGAUAAUAAAUAAA